ACGAACAAGAAAUUAGUAGUGAGUCCGAUACAGAAUCGAGUGAAGAUGAAUUUGAAAUGUGUUUUUUACAAAACCAUCACGGAGAGCAUUUGCUGAAUGAUUUUUUAACAAGUUCUGAAUAUCUAACUCAAGAUUAUGAUGAGCUUGAUAAAAUAGAUGAGGAAUUAGAUUCUCAGAAUAGUUCAUCUGCAACGCCAGUAGUUGAAGUUACUAGAAGUCAAGGAAAAAAUAGAGGACGGUCAUAUGGAUCAAGGGCAAAUAAAAAUAGUCGUGGUUUUAAACUUAAACAACAAGAGAGUCUUUCUAAUCCACCAGAGUUUACACCUUUGCAACAUGAACUUCCUUUUUAUGAAAGAGGAUAUCCAAUCCUUCCUG